AUGCCAUUCCACCGCGCUCGCGGUGCAUCUUUUGGAUAUCGAUCUUUACAACCAUCGCCACGGCGUGUACUCCCGCUGCGGUCUUUAUUGGGCGACAUCGAAAUCCCCCGUCGGCUGGAGAGCCCUUCUCAUAGCAUAGGUCUUUGCCUGUUCAGUCGAAGGCUUUUGCGAGGGGCGCGAUUAGGGGAUCGGGAAUGUGAACAACCGUCCCAGCCAUCCACCCCUUCCGGGAGCCUUGGCGAUGCGGUUGGCAAUACGGAUGGUAAAGAAGAUAGCAACACGACGGAUUUGGUUUCAUCGUCCGAAUCCCUAACGACGGGUGAGAUCGAGUUAUCUUCUAGUGUGGUUGUGUUUUCCGCGAAUGCCGCAACCACCGGAUCGGAUGUGGCCUCCACGAAACCUGAAUUGAGGGGUGGGAUGGGGAAUAAUGGGAUCCCGUCGAUGGUGAACUCCCAACACGACAUCACCACCGACGAGCGUCUUUGCAAGCUGUGCUUUGAACUCGAGGAGCGCCGGGUGGAGCGGCAGAAAAAAUUGUUUGAGGAUAUGAUCGUCUUUGAAGGCGGUGCGUUGUCGGAUCAUGAUAGCCUGGGCACCUACAUCAUCAUGCGCGAUUUCAUCCAGUUCGCGCUCUACCAUAUCAAGUGGGGCUACUACCCCAAGUUGUUUCGUAAGUACCGGCAACUCAUGACGACGGGCUACUUCGACCCCAUCCCUUUCGCCUCGUUGAGAAGCCAGUACGACUACCACUGCUACGUCGCGAAAAUCCACGAAUCCACCCCGGGGUUUGUUACCCCGACGCAGCUGUUUCAGCCAGUUUAUGGAUGGGUGAUUGCGGAGUACCUGGUUACGACGUACCGCGCGAAGUUCGAUCCACGGGAGCCGCUCGUGGUGUACGACGUCGGGGCCGGCACCGGCGCUCUUGCUCUCGCCGUUUUAGAUUACCUGGCGGAGUAUUUCCCCGCCGAGUACGCGCGUUGCGAUUACCACGUGAUCGAAACCAACCCCUAUCUCAUACCGGUGCUUCGCCGAAAACUCAUCCACCACUACCACCACGUUCAUAUUCAUCACAUUUCGAUUUUAAACUGGCGGGUGUUGGAGCGGCGGCGGUGUGUGGUAUUGGCGAUCGAACUCCUGAGUGGUCUCCCACACGACUGCAUCUUGUGGGAUCCCCAGGGCGCCUGUAGCGAGCAUUGGUUUGGUUUCCAACAACAAGGCAACCUCGCCACCGCGCAUGAGCGUUACUACCCCGUGAAAGAUCCCAUCAUCCUUCGCUAUCUUCGUUAUCUUGGCUGGAUGCAGGAGGAGACGUUUCAUAAUUUAAAGGUGCUUUGCCUGACCGGAGGCCGGGAGACGCUAGACCCGCCCGCUUUUCGCGGCCUCGAGCCGAAUAUGGACGAUCCCGCGCACGUCGUGUGUAGUAAAAUGCUCUGGUUGCACAGCCCGUUUCGCACCGCCUGGAUUCCCACCAUACAGAUGCUCUUCUUGGAAACCCUCGCGGAGUUUUUCCCGCGGCAUCAUCUCUUUGUGGCGGAUUGGGCCUCCGUACGACAGGGCCUUCCCGGGUUGAAUGGGCCCGUCCUGCAGGUAAAGAUGCGCGUCGCGCGGGAGAUGUUUCUUCGACAACCCGUUCCCUCGUUUCACUCGAAUGCUGGGAUGGUGGAUAUCUGUUUUCCCACCGACUUUGAUCAUCUUCGGGAGGUCUACCGACGGGUUUGUGGGGCGGAGAAGACGACGACGACGCAGAGCCACCCCACCUUCUGGCGCACCCAUGGCGGGGAUAAGACGAGCCUUUUUACCACCAAGACGGGAUUUAACCCUCUGUUGGAGGAUUUCGCCCCGUUUCACGUCUUCGCGACACAUCACCCUUCGGAGUUGUAG